CAUGAAUAGGUUAUGCUGUUGUCGUUCAAACCGUUCAAACUGGUUGACACAUAUUCUCCCAGGGGGUCUACAAAAAGAUAUCACAAUGAAUAUAUAGAGCUACAAUCAAACACGGCGCUUUUCGCUCUUGGGGCGACGACCUAGAUGGGUUUGUGAAAUUCAAGAUGGUGACAGUCAUUUAUACCACCGUGCGCCAUGGUCUCAAACAUGAAGCGGUAUACUCUAUACAUUUCGGAAAAGCCUCCCGCAAACAUUCUAUUCAGUCUGUUGCCUCAGAAUUCAUUCCGAGGCUGGUCAUUGUGGGCGCUGAAGCCUGGGAGGCGAUACAGGCUCAUCAGAAGAUCGUUGGGUGUUUGUGAGUAUACAUCUAUCUGCAUUGAUAAUUGUAUCAACCAACCUCGAUUCUUCGAUCAUAGUCUAUCAACAGAGUUAUCUAUCAUGGUCGUAAAAACUUGGAAUCUGGAUCAUUUUGGGCCAUUCGACAUAUUUGAUCCCUUCAACCAUCUUGUCUCUCAACAAGGUCUAUCGAUCUAUACAUCUCUUAAGCUGAAUCCGCUGGCCGUGUGUAUCUCAUAUAUACACUUCGAGCAUCAUCAAAUCACGGUUUACGCCGACCUUCCAUCUUGCGGUCUGACAGGGACGAACCCAGAUGGACAAAUACCAGAUAUCUUUUGUAUAGAAUUCCGCGUCUCCUGGCCAUAUUACUUGACAGACAAUUCCAUCGUGAAUAUAACGCGGGGGUAUAAACUCAUCGAGAGAUAUUGGCCAGAUAAUAUCAUUUUUUCCUCAGACUGACAACAUAUCGGGAUCUUCUCCUCGGGCCCAUCAAUAGGCAAGAUGCACUAUCCUGUGCCAGAAUCUUCAAACGGUUUUCCGGCAUUACCUUGCCAUUGAGGGUCUCAGUGAUGCUGUGUACGGAUGUCCCAUUUGACUGGACCGGAGAGUAUGUAUCCAAUCUUGAUGCCAUGCCCAGCUGCCUUUGCGGUAUUUUUCUCCGAUGUCGAAAAGCUCCUAGUAUCACGAAGGGCCAUACGUCGUCGAGUUGUGGGUGCUUUCUGCAAAUAUGACGAUGCGAUAAUCACGACAGCCACUCCGAUGUUCAAUCCUUCG